ACAUAUAUUCUAUAUCAAAUUGCCAAUAUUUAAAUUGUAUAAAACUUAAAAUUGAUAUAAUAUUGAUAUAGUAAUUUUUUUCAAACUAUGAUAAAUAAUAAUCCUAAUUUUAAUUCAAAAUAAGAAAGAAAACUCUACAAUGUAUAUAACUAAUGUCCAUUUGUCAUAUGUAUGACCCAAAUCACAGUGCGCAUGCGCAAUUGAGUAAGGACAGUUUAGAGGAUGUACUUUCAUCCCCUGUUUUUUGUAUUUCGCGAUUUCUCAGUGCCAUGUCUAUUCGUAUCAUUUUCUGAGAAAACGUGGUGUGAAAGACGAGAAUCGGUGGCCAUGCCACCUGCUGGAGCUUAAUGUACAUUAUCUGAAAUCAAUAUCGCUAUCCUUAUCUUUCGUCUUAUGAACAACGUCAUUCUAGUAGUUUGCACUAGAGAAAUACGAGCGCGGUAGAAACUGUACUCGGGGGAUUGUGUUAAGAGUGGUUAAACCUUCGGUGUUUGUAGUGAGAAAAAUAAUGAAUGCCGAUCUAUCAUUAUUAUUAAAUUUUUAUCAAAUAAAAAUAUAGUUACUAUGAAUUUGUUCCAUUCAGAUAUUGUUAAUAAAAUAAUUUAAUAACUAAAUGUGAAAAAAAUAUCGUGUGUACAAAAUACAAUUUGUAUGUGUGACACGAUUGCCAAAAUUGCAAAAUUGAGCAUAAAAAGAUUAAUAUAUUGGUAUAAUCUAUUUGUUCAAUAUAAUAUAGAAAACGAUGCAACACUAAUACCGUUUUGGCUCAUGUAUUGGGGAUGUAUUAAUAUUCAUCAAUUUUAUUGUUUAGAAGUAUGACAACGAAUAUUAAAUAAAAUCUAUAAACGUAUAUGUUUAUGUUAAUGCUUUUAUAUCCUGAUGUUAUAAAGUUCUUUUAAAGUAAAAAAUAUAUAAAUGUUUUAAAAAUAUAUAAAUAAAGUAAAAAAUAUAUAAAUGACUAUAUUUCGGCAUUUUUCAUUUGUGAUAAAAGAUCAGACGUUCAGUAUUUGAACAUAGGCUCAUUGGAAAAUGCUGUUGUAAACAGUCAUAUAAUAUUGAAGAUCUUGCUACACUUAAAUUGCUGUAUCAUGGUGCUUUGUUAGUGUGCAUAUCACGCCUGUGUAAGAUCCUUGGGACGCCAUAAAUAAUAUAUCGCGCCAAUACAUUGCUUGUAUAAAAAUAACUUAUCAUCUGAGUUUAUCAAAGGAAGCUUCAUGAGCUGCUGUCCAUUCAUGUAAGUAUGUGACAAACUUUUUUAAGAAAUGUGUAUACCUUUAUAGUAUAAAAAUUUAUAUAGUUUACAUGAUAGUAUGUGAUUCGUAUUUUUAAGGGUUGAUAAAAAUGAAGAUAAAAAUAUGUAUUAAUGCUUUGUUUUAAAAUAUUAUAUAAAAAUAAAUUCAUUUUUUAUUUAAAUAAAAAUAUGAAAAUGUUUAUAAAAUAUAAUAUAAUUAUUAUAAAAAACUAAAAAAAGAAUAUAAAAUAUUUUCAAAAACAAAUUUAAAUAUAUACAUAGUAAACAUAAAUAAAUUAUAAAUAAAUAUAAAUUGAUAUAAAUUUAAAUAUUUAUUUUGUAUUAAUUUUUGUAAAAAUUAAUAAAUAUAUAUGAUAAAUAGAAAUCAGAUUUAAUUUUUUGGAAAAAUUGAUAAUAUUAAUAAAAUUUUUAUUUUUUCAUUUUUCAUUUUUUAAUUAUAUAUUUUCUGUGACUUUCAUUAAAAAUGUAAUUAUUUUUUUCAAUAAAACAAAUUUCUAAUCAGAUAUAAUAAUCAUAUAUGACUGAAUUCAUGAGCACUUAAAAACUAUAUUAUAAAGUGAAUGUAAUGCUGCAUAUAGAUGAGAGUUUAUAAAAACAUGAAAUUCGUGACUGUAGAAAACGUACAGCUGUUGAGAGCCGGCUGUAGCAAGUGCACGUAAGUAAAGCAUCAGAUGCUACACCUUUUAAUGGGCGACUGCGCAGUAGACAAUUCAGUCGACUAUGUAACCGUGUACCUCGCACAAGCAUACCAGGCAUUUCUCCGUCUUUGUAUAGUAUAUCUGUCGUUGGUGUUGUACGUCUCCUUACCCUUCAGGAGACGCGUGUAUCUCUCUUUCUUUAUCAUCGCUUUCUCCUUUAUAUUUCUUCUCACUCUUGUGGUAAACGCUUGAUGGUGCGCCAAUACUCAGGGACGUAUUAUAUUGCGCACAAUAUUUAACUAAUGCUUUAACUUAAUAUUUUUUAACAAAAUAACUUCAUUUUACUCUUGCAUUAUAAACGCUAUGCUUAUUUGUCCUACGUUAAUUAUAAAAAUUUAUAUAUAAAAAUAACGCAUUUGUCAAUGUUAUCUACUUAUCAUAUUCUUCAUAAAAAUGCGCUUAUCUAUUCAGUUCAAUUCUAAAUAGGAAAUUGUUUUUAUCAUAAUGAUGCAGAUGAAUUAAUUAUUGAAAUUGUAGUUUUUAUUUUGUAUAAGAAUAGUAUUAUAUUGGUUGAAGACACUUUCGCAGAAACAUAAAUGAAGAAAGGAAAAAACACAUCUUGGUAGAUCGUAGCCGCGGGCACCCGCAUAAUAUACUUAUCAUUUCGUCCCUGGUAGUGGUGCCGGCUGUGGAUGCAGGCGAGAACGUGCGCAGCUGUAAAACGUGAGUCGCUGCGCUCCGCAGCUGAUGCGGUUCGUUGUUGUCCGUGUCUGUAUUUGUUUGGAAAAAUGCGACAGAAGAGCAACGAAUUUCGACAGUGUUUUUGCUAUCAUCUCAAGGGGGUAGGCACGUAUGUGAUUCCGCUGAUAUAUUGCAAGUGAUAGUGACAUAUAUAAUAAACAUUUAAAAUGAUACUAAAAAUUUGCAAAAACAAACAAUUUUAAAAGUGAAAUAAAAAUAAAUUUGAAGUUUAACAAAAUUGUUCUUUGCAUUUAUUUUUUAAUAUAAUUUACGAUUUAGUAAGCUUUUUAGAAUAUAAAAAAAUUCAUCUUUACAACUAUUUCCGUGUCAGGGACAAUAGGUAUUAGAAAAAAAUAUAGACAAAGAAUAUACAUCGGCAUAUGCUUUGUACCUGGUGGUUCUUUUAUGACAAAGAUUAUGAAAGAAGUGUUGUGUUCAUUGAUAACAUUUUAUAUGAAUGUGUAUUGUAUUUAAAGCUAUUAAUACUUAUUUAGAAAGAAAAAAAGACAAUGCAUCAAGUAAUUUUAUUUGAAAAUAUCUUUAAAAAAAAUUGCAUGUAGAAAGUUCCUUACUUCGAUAGCACUUGGAAACAGUAUUUUCUUUUUGAUAUUGAUAUAUUUUGACAUUUAAAUUCUUCAGCAUGAAAUUAAAAGAUGUAAUUUAUACAAAAAUCAUUUAUUGAACUUAUUAGUGUUGUUAAGUUCAUUUGAUAAUGAAAAUUUAUACGAGAAGAAAGAGAUAUAUUCCAAGCGUGCAUCGACACCUCGCUAAAACGUGUGCAAUGUAACGGAUGUAUAUAUUUCUCAAAGCAACGACAGGGCUAUCUCCAUUAUGGAGGCACUGCGUUUAGCUAUACAGACACGGCUAGGGGAGAGGAUGGUUAGUAUGAGCUCUAUGCUCGUGGAAACUGUUAGCAUAAACUAUGAAGAUUUUAAUGAAAGUUUUUUAACAUGUGGUACAUGUCUUUGUGUUUAUGAUGGUGGAGAACAUACCCCAAAAUUAUUACCAUGUUCACAUACUGUAUGUUUACAUUGUUUAACAAGAAUUGCUGCAUCUCAAACUCGUGAGACUGGUGCUUUUCGAUGUCCUAUUUGUAGAGAAUUAAUAACAAUUCCUCGUGGUGGAGUUCCUGCUUUACCACCUAGUUUUCUUGUAAAUCAAUUGCUUGAUCUUAUGUCUAGACAAAGAAGAGAGGUUAUUCCAAAAUGUUCAGUUCAUAUAAAUCAAGAAUUAUUAUUUUGUGAAACAUGUGAUACAGUGUUUUGUACAGUAUGUACAGGUGGCAAUCAUGCAGGAACAUCACCAGGAUGUACUGAGCAUACUAUCAUACCUUUUAGCAUUGCAAUAAAAAGAAUGUCUGAAAUCUUGCUUUAUAAAGCUAAUGAAUGUAUAUCUAAGUUAACACAAGCCCAGGAUUCUGUAAGUACAGAAUUACAACGUUUGGAAGCUUCAACAGAAAAAUGUUUGAAUGCUGUAGAUACUGAAUUUGCAGAAAUUAUUUCAAAAAUAGAAAGAAGACGUUCAGAAUUGCAAGCAGCUGUUACUGCUGCUGCAAGAGAUAAGAAACAUGUGUUAGAAGAACAACAUGCUCUAAUAGAAGCUGAAAAAAAUAAAGUGCAAGGAGAAUGUGAAGGAUUACAAUAUCAGGUUGAAGUUCGAAAUAUUACACAAAGAAUUGGUAGUUUAUCUGAUCAACUUGAUGCGGCAUCAGCACUUAGUGAACCUAAAGAAAAUGCUUUUAUUACUUUUGAAUUUAAUCACAAUAAUGCUCUUUCUCAACUAGAGGAAGCUCUUAAUAACUUGGGAAGAGUACGUUCUAGUACAACAUUGCCAGGUUUAUGUAGGGCCAGAUUGAAAGAUCCUGCCAUAGUUAAAUUACAAGCAGCUGUUGUAGUAGAAACUGUUGAUUACCAUGGACAUCCUAGAAAUGUUGGAGGAGAUCUUAUCACUGCAGAAUUAACUUUAGCUGAUAGUAUCCAUUCAGAAAACCAAAGUUCCAGUAUUGAAACUGAAAUAUUAGAUUUAGAAAAUGGUACAUAUGAAGUACUAUUUCGACCUCCAUCUGCAAGUCGUUAUAUUUUAAAGUUAUCAGUUUUUGAGCGGCCUAUUAAAGAUUAUCCUUUAUUUUUUGAUGCAACUGAACAUAAUGAACCUAUUAAGAUAUAUGGAAGACGAGGAAACGGAAAAGAUGAAUUUCAUCAACCAGUAGCAGUUGCUGUUGAUGAUGAUGGCAUGAUAUAUAUUUUAGAUACUGGGAAUUCACGAAUAAAAGUACUCAAUUGUGAUUUAGAAUUUCAAAGGCAUAUAACUAAUGAAGGUCUAGAAGGACGUAGUUGUACAGGGAUUGGUAUUUCUCAACAAGGUAUUGUUGUUGUUAAUUGGAGGACACGUAAAAUAACUGAAAUGAGUUCUUUAGGAGAUACUGUUAAAUCUUUUUCCCAUAAUGCAUUUCAAGAACCAAUUGAUAUUGCAGUUGACAGGAGUUAUGGCCAUAUACUUGUUGCAGAUAAUGGUCAAAGUUGUGUUUUUGUAUUUGAUUCUGAUGGCAAAAUUCUCUUUCAGGUUGGAAAAAGAAGUACAUUUAAAUUAAUUACAUCUGUGACUGUUGGACCCAAUGGUGAAAUAAUAGUGGCUGAUAGUCGUAUACAAGUAUUUUCUGCUAAAGGAGAUUUUUCUGAAGAAAUUUAUUCAGAAGGCAAAGGAAAAGGUACUUAUGGAGGCCUUGCUGUUGAUGCAGAAGGCAGAAUACUUGGUACUCGUACCGAUAAAGGUCGCAGUAUAAUCCAAGUUUUAAAGUUAGGAGGAGGUAAUAUUUUAACUGAAAUUGAUUCACAUAGUUCAAAACUACGACGUCCUUCAGGUAUUGCAGUACUACCUGAUAAUCAUUUAGUAGUUGUAGACUUGGGAAACGAUUGUAUAAAAAAAUAUAGAUAUUGGUAAAAACAA